UUACUGCAGGUCGCUUUCAGUUUCCACAUGCAUCUAUUCACAAACCUGCGCUGUUGAACAGUAAAGGAGAGUCGGACUGGGAGUCUCACCACGCUGCGGAUUAAUCACCUCGUCUGUCACUUUUCACCAACUUGUUGCGCAGCUGCUAUUUCUAACCUGCUCUGCUGCACAGUGGGCACGAUUCAAACAGCCACACAGACGCUGUUCUGUGCUGAUAUUCUCUGUGGAGGAUAAAGCGGUGGCUUUCUCUGCUACUACUUUCUAACUGCACUGCGUAUAAACCAUAAGUAGGGGAGAUUACGUUUUUUUUAUUUUAUUUUUUUAUGAAGUCCUGCAGCCUACAGGGGCUUUUCCAGUCUCUUUAAUAUGAUCUCAGACGCAGGGGAUGAGAGUCAUGAGCUGGACGCGUCCUUGCCACGGACUAGACUGGAGCCAAAGCCUCUUCUACCUGAUUUUACUCCUGUGGACCAGACGCAUGAAUGCACUGGCUGACUUUUCAAAUUACCUUUCCAGGAUCAUCACCAGUCACUCUGCUCAGGCGUGUGACGGCCACCCUCUGCGCCUCCACUGUCCACGCCACUCCACCAUCUCCAUCCAGACUGCCUUCUAUGGUUCUGGUGAGGCGCGGCUGUGCAGAGCUGACCCGGACGCUCCGCUCAGAGCCGACAACCACAACUGCUCAGCUUUUACUGCUCUACAGAAGCUUUUGUCAGAGUGUCAAAGCCACAGAGAUUGUCAGCUGCCUGUCAACCACCUGCUGUUUGGCAAGGACCCCUGCCCUGGCACCACCAAAUACCUUCACGUGGACUACAAGUGUAAGCCAACUGAACACAAAAGACAAGUGGUGUGUGAGGGGGAGACAAUGACCCUGCGCUGUAAGCCCCCCAAGGUUCUCAACAUCUAUGCAGCUGUCUACGGGAGAAGUCUUGGCCAGACUGACACCUGCCCCUCACACCUGACACAACCACCCCCAUUUGAGUGUCUGAACCACGAGGCUGUACACUUGGUGUCCAAAUCCUGCUACAGCAAACAGAAGUGUGCUGUUGCUGUCAGCAACCAGACCUUCAGGGACCCCUGCUUUCCAGGAACCAGAAAGUACCUCAGUGUGGUCUAUUCUUGUGUAGUACCGCAGACUUUACUAAGAGAGGCAGACCCUUCCAUCUUCGGCUCCACCUCAUCCCCUACUGUAGAGACAGAGAAAGCAGCCCCUCCUCCACAUCUGAAGGAGCCUUUCCCCAAAGGGUCAAGAAGGCCAGACAACUCAGGAGCCAUGAUGAGCAACUCUCUCCUGACUUACGCCUACAUUAAAGAGCAUCCAGAAAUGGCAGCGCUGCUCUUCACCUCCAGCGUGUGUGUUGGUUUACUGCUCACACUGCUGGCUGUAUCAGUCCGAGUAACCUGCAGAGGGAGCCGAGUGGGAGAUCACGGACUCAAACCAAAGUCUCGUAGCCAGGCUGUCAACCUCCAGGAGGAGGAUGAUGAUGAGGACGAUGAAGAUGAUGAUGAUGAUGAUGACGAAGAGGGAACAGAAAGCUCUUUAAUCUCAGCCACAGAGAGGAAGGCCAUAUACGACUGGGAGGAAGUGACUUAUGUGAGCGAGGCAGCUGAACGGGCGGAGAGGAUUGAGCGCAGGGAGAUGAUCAUACAGGAGAUACGGAUGAACGCCUAUCUGAAUGGCAGCUCGUGUUAAUUAAUUAAACUGUGACCCAUGGAUGCUUUUCCAGCACCUUCAGGAUUUUUUCAGGAUUCUCUGCAGCAGCUCCAAGCCUCUGAAUGUUAACAAAACAAGAAACUUUUUCUCUCUUUUUUUUAAAGCAGUUUGUUGUAUAAAUCUGCAAUUUUUGCUGUUUAAAUGACCACACAUCCACCACAAAAUAAAGCUGUGAUUGCAGGUUUGAAUACUGUGAAAAUCACAAGUGUUGACAGAAGGCACACAGCUGCCAUAGUUAGUUAGUUCAUGUCAAGUCAUUGUUCUAUACAGUGGCAAGAAAAAGUAUGUGAACUCCUUGAAAUGACAUAGUAUUCUGCAUUCAUUUGUCAUAAAAUGUAAUCUGAUCGACAAAAAACACUGUAGACAAACACAAUGUGCUUAACCUAAUACCACACAUAACAAGCAAUUAUAAUAUUUCAUAUAUCUUUAAUGAACACAUCCAUUAAACAUUCAGAGUGGAAUAAGUAAGUGAACCCUUCGGCUAAUGACUCCAUCAAGAGCUAAUUGGACUUUUGAGAUUUGAGUGAGGUGAGGAGCUACUUUGACCUAUAAAAACACCCAAACUUCUUCUUGCCCCUGUAUAUAGCCUAAUAUCACAAAUCACAAAUGUGCCUUAUUUGGCUUCACAUUAUAUAACCAUAUAACAGGAAAAAGAAGGAGCUUAGGAAAGGCAAAACAGGACGGACAGGCAAUAGAUAUUGUGUGUAUGGAAUAGACCAACAUGGCACUAACUGUACUGAUAGCAGCUGUAUCAAUGAAAGUGUUCAAACACUAAAAAACAAAGAACGUGUCAGGGAACAUGAUAUGUCAUGACACCUUCAGUUUGCUUGAAGAGACCAUGAAACACAGUUGCUGUCACCCUAUAACACCCUGUGAGUUUUAACUCCAGAAUGAAGCCUUGUCAUCAUGGACAAUAUGUGGCUUAACAAGUGUUAUCUAUCCCAACAAGAAUAGGCACAUUACAGUGUUUUCCCUACAGUAUAACUACAUUAGUGGUCGUUAAAAUUGUCAGCUGUUCAUACCAUAGACCCAAGGUAUGUGUUACAAUUCCACCUACUAGGACUCUUUAAAUCGCCACAUUAUAUGCAGGAUGUUUUUUAAAUGCAGUGUUCCUGGAAACCGGCCACUCCUCUCUGAAUCACUACUUUGGCUCCGUCAACUGUUUCACACAGUACAAUUAAACUCUCAAUUUGAACUCUACAACUUCCUCAUCCCUGCUGGGACAAGAGCUGGAACGUUCCUGCCUCAGAGCAACACCGACUUUUAGAGGUGUGCGUGCAUGUCACUGACGGGAGACAAAGAGAGGAAAGGUGUAGCAUCCUUGUCCCUGCACUCAAGGGAUGUUAGACUGUUGAAUCACUACCUCUUAGCAUUUGUUGAAUGUCAACACGACCUUAAUGAAAAAAAUUGUAUGAACACUGUUUAUACACAGGCUGCAAUAGAACAUAUAUUUUACGUUUUCACAGUAAAAAUACAGUUAAUUUAGAUUAAACUUGCAUUUAAUCCUGUUUGUACAGCUUCAAUAAACAUGUAACUUUACAACAGGGUGAAAAAAAUCUGUAAAGGAAAACAGGGAUCAGACUUCAGUUCAAAUAAAACUUGUUUAUAAUGA